AUGCUUUUGGUUUAAGCUUCUCUUCAGUUUCCACGAAGUAUCGAAGCCUUAAAGAACUUAUCAACUACCUUACAACAUUAUCGUGACGAUCAUUUAGCUUAUCUAUUAUUACUUUAUGGUUCUGCUUAUUUAUACAAGCAAUCUUUUUCAUUACCAGGUUCAGCUAUUCUGAAUUUACUUUGUGGUGCCUUAUUCGGUACAUGGAUAGGCUUUCCACUUUGUUGCUUAUUAACAGCAAUUGGUGCUAGUUUAUGUUAUUUACUUGUUUCUAAUUUUGCUCGUAAUUUAGUUGUUCAAUGUUGUCAUAAAAAAAUACUUGUAUUGCAAAAAAAAGUUGAAGCUGGUCGUGAUAAUCUCUUUUUUGUUUUACUUUUUAUGCGAAUGGUACCAAUGAGUCCAAAUUCACUUAUAACAAUAACAUGUCCAUUAUUAAAUGUACCAAAAAAAAUAUUUUUCUUUUCAAUCCUCUUUGGCAUGGCGCCAUAUACUUUUAUAAGUGUACAAACUGGUUCAUUCCUUUCACAAUUAAAUAGUUUCGAUGAUUUAUUUUCAUAUCGGACAUUGCUUACACUUGGUCUUAUAGCUACAGUAGCUGGUUGUACUGGUUUAAUUGUAGCACGUGUACGGCGAAGAUUUGCACCGACAGUUAUGUGA